AAGCUGGGCGGUGCGCGCGGCAGCAUGGCGGCGGGGUGGGGGCGCCCGCCGGUCGCUUCUGUCCUCACGCUUCUGCUGUCGCUCGGCGCCUCCGCGCCCGGGCUGCUGCGGGGACUGCCCGCCGCCCGCUCCGCCGCCUCGCUGCGGCCCGCCGCCCUGCGCGCGGGGGAAGUUCACAGGUUAGUUACCUACAUCUUUGUCUACGAAGACCUGAUAUCCUUGACCUGUGGUGCCAUCAUCAUCUGGUAUUUUGCUGGCAGCUUUGAGAAGAACGUUGGCACUGUGAAGCACUGCUUCCUCACCAUCGCAUUUGCCAUCCUCUCUGCCCUCCUGUACCUCUUACUUGAGACCAUUGUCUCGAGAGUCUCAAAGGUGGAAGAUGCCAAAGGAUUCAUGCCAGUAGCUUUUGCCAUGCUGGGUGUGUCCACCACCCGCUCGCGGAUGAAGAGGAGUCUGUUUUUUGGGGUUAGAGUCCCAGUGGUGCUGGUACCGUGGUUUAUGCUUUGCAUAGCAUGGUUUAUCCCCCACUCUUCUCUCCUGAGUAACCUGUGUGGGCUCCUAGCUGGGGAAACCUAUGGUCUUGGCUACUGUUUCUGCUUGGAUUUUCCAGAGUCAGUGGGCUCUAAGCUGGACCGGGUGUUCCCUUUCAGCCUGCUGAAGAGGAUACCAGGGCUGAAAUAUAUCCCAGGGUCCUUAGCAGAGAGAAGAGCCUUUGAGAGCGGCAAGAUGAACCCUGCGCCAGGCGCCUACCCCACCCAAAGCUACUACUGCUCUUCGCCUCCAGCUCUUCUCUCUUUGCAUAUGCAGCACCUGAAUGUGCAGAGCCAAGGGUUUCAACAUAGCUGCGCUCCGGGAUGUGGCCACGCUCUGGGACACGAGGCAUCUCAGCAUGGCCAUGCUGCAGGACGCAGCCUCGCUUCUUCCCCCCACCAAGGCAGAGGAGCUUUCAGCGAGCGUCACGUGCAGGCUCAAGCUGGAGCCUCGCCUGGGCUGUGCUGCCCGCAGGGCCAGUUCUCUCCCCCGCAGUGCGUGUGCCCGACGGAUCCACAGACACCUGCAGGUCUGGGCCCCUUGCCUGGGGUUCAGCAAGCAUCAGGGUAUCCUGCAGCCACAAUGGCUGCUGUUUCAGCUGAAUUUUUGAGAGUCCAGGUGUACUGAUCCUCCAGAAAGCAGCAGCACUCUCAUACUGUACGCAGCAGCGCAUUGCCAGUAUCUUUGCUGUAUCUGGGGUGACUAGUGGAAUGGGUUGGUAGCUCCACCAUAGGCCAUUCCCCUGCUCCCUGGGCACAGAGUAAUUAUAUUUCCUUUAUAAUUUUUUUUUUACUUUUUGAUAUUGCUGGGGGAUGGGGACCGUAUCAACUCUGUGCGCUUCUCAUCCUUUUGGAGUCUUUUUUUCAUUGCUGUAUUUAGCAGCUGCCUUUUUCCACGUGGCCACUUUUACAGCGCAUCAGCUCCCCAACUUAGUUGUCAAAACACUGGACUAAUCUGGCGUUUAACUAGGCAGCAGCAAUAAGGACAAGUCCCAUCUACACUGAGGCUCUUGGCCUCCUCUCUUGUUUACGGGUAUGAUAUAGAUAGGACCGAAAAGAAGUUGAAAUCAUGGAAGCCUUAGUUUAUAACUUAAUAUUUGAGUGGAGGGGGACAGAUAUCUGUUCUACUAGUGACUCCUCCAUUGAGAGUGUGCGUUGAAGCAAGGCUUGUUAAACCAGGGUUGCGGCAAGAGGACAAAACACCCUUUUCUGCCCCUCAAAAUGCAGCUUUAAAAUGCCAAAGGUCCUUGGCUGCAGUCUGUGUGUGCACCAACACGUUGCCUUCAUUAUCUGAUAGCACUGCACUAGCUCAGCCUGUGUUGCCAGCGUUUGCCGAGAAGGCAACCUCAGAUGCAGGCAAAGUAGUGGAAGACUCUUCGAUAAGGGAUUUUGGCCAUUUGUGGAGCAAAUGUAUAUAAAUCCAAGGAGAUGGGGAGGACCUUAACAGCGGGUUAGAAGAAUUAACUGGAAUGUAGCAGUUCCAUGGGGUUGUUCAUGCUGCUCAGCUUUAGAUGUCUCAUCCACCAAUAUUAGCACAAUCUCUCUCUGUUUUCUUCAGAGCUGGUGGAGAGGCGUGUGGGAGGGGGGAAUUUUCGGCAAGGGAUGCAGAGCAGGAUGUGGUGGUUGGUGCCUGUGGCAGUGACAAAGGAGUUUGGUCGAGUUGGUGGGACUUGAGCUUUAUUUCCAGCUGUGUAGCUGCUUUACUGCCAUGCCUGGGAGGAACCUGCUGUCUCUGUGUCUGUAAAUCAGCCAGGAUCUCGACUAUUGUCCUUGAUUCUUUGUUUAGAGCUUUGUUGUGCUCCAAAAAAAAAAAAAAAGUGCUAGAUGAAGCACAAAGUGCCAUUACUGCUCUUGGAGAUGUUCUUGCAGUGCCUAACCUGUCCCUCAGAAACACAAUAGCCUCGGGGCUCUUCCAUGCUAUCAGUGAGCCGGGGUCAUGGGCAGCGUUGGCAGCUGCGUGCUGCAAAGCAUGUACGUGCCUCUUUUUUCCCCUCUUCAGCGUCUGAAGAAGCCCCAUGUUGCCGUACAGCCGCUUCCUUCUCCAGCAGCCCUUCUGGGAUGACUGCCACAGCUACGCGUGGCCUCGCCGGGGCUUGCUGCGGGGGAAGACCAAAGUGAAUGCUGAGGACUUAGACCUCAGAUACGCAUUGGUAAGGAGCUCUGCUCACAAAGCCCCUGGGCGGGGGCGUUCUGCAGGAGGAUGCAGCAAUUUGGGAACCAGCCUGGAGCUGGUGGGACAUCUGGAGCUGGCGGCCUGCUCAUCUCGUCCCUGAUUGUGUCACUCCUCCAUGGGAUCACAAAUGGCCUUGGCUUCAUGGUCCUGUUUUUCUUGAACUGCUGACAGAAAUUGCAUUGUUAGGAGUUUAGUAUGGGGUAAGAACAGGAUAAGGCGCUUGUUUGGAACUUAAAAGCAUAUUUUUAAUACCAGGAAAGAAACACUAGAGAUAACAUUGAAAUGUUGCUACUCCACUCUUGUUAGUGCCUUGAUUUUCCUCCUUGCGAGAUCCUUGUCUGUAAAUCUAGGAAUUUUAUCACUGUUUUUAUCCAGAAAUGUACAGAAGCGUGAUGAGGACUGGUAGCAAUCACAAAUGUUGUAUACCUCCAAAUUGUAAACUUGAAACGCAAUCUGAAAGAC